AUGGUCGUCGGCCGCCCCCGUCACUUUCUCCUUGGCCUCGCGGCCUCGCUGCCAUACGUGCUUGCGGAAAAGACCAGCAACAGCAGCCUGCCGGUCGGCACAAACCCGGCGCCGUACAGCGCACAGCGUUCGUUGGCGACCGGCUGCUUCUUUGGCUCGUUCACUUGCCCCAAUGGCGCCACCGCGUGCAUCGACCCGAUAGAGUUUGCCGGGUGUGCGUUCGAUACGGUCACCCCCCUCAGCAUCGACGGGAUCGCACCCGACUUUUUCGGCUUGAUGAAAGACUUUACGGACGGCACGAGCAACUUUAUUGUGGACUUCGCCGACCAAAUGCUCAACGACGCGAUCCAAGAUCUGAUCGAGUGCGGCAACUUUCUGAGCGGCAACCGACCGACCUGCUCGACGCUCGCAUCACUACGUUCUUUCCAAGGCCAAGUCGGGGCCAAGGGGUUGACGGCGACCGACGUCAGGCGUAUCGAAAACGGGCUCGCCAAAGCAAAGGACGUGGCCAGCGGCGUCACCCAAGAGUGCAAGACCGGGUGUACACAGGGCGAGUGCAGUGGCGACGCGUUGACGUACACUGAGCCGACUGGCUGCACGUGCCAGUCGCUCAUGCUCAACACCAGCGACCCGCAAUUGUUUACGGUGACCGCGCCCGAGUGCGCCAUCAACGCCGGCCUUUUUCUCGCCAACGCCAAGGGCGCCUUGGAGCUCACGAUGAAAAUUCAAUUCUCGUACAUGGGCUGCUUUGUUGGCACCAAGGACGCGCCGUCCGAGUGGCGCAGGUGCACGAACGCCUAUGCGUACGACGACUUACCGGGGGCGAUGUUUGUCCGCUGCGUCGACCAGUCGAAUCGAGAAGGCGACCUGACGAGAACGACCCAAGGCAACCCGUCGUCGUCGUCGUCGUCGUCGUCCAAGGCUGGAUGGAUGUCGUUGUUGCCCGUCGCAAUGAUCGGCGGGUACUUGUACCUCAGAAACCAGAAAAAGAAUGCGCAACCACCAACCACGACCCCCGACCCUGCCAAGCCCAGUGUUAGCGCGGCCCCCCAAGUCAAAGCCGCCGUUGAAAUUAGUCUCGACACGGAGAUCGUGUGCGAGAUAGAUUAGCCCUGAGAUUAGCCCAUGCUUGCAAGGAUCUCGUAGGAUAGCUAGGGUUCCUCACUCAAAUAACAUCCAUCCAAC